UCAACUGUCACUUUGUGCAUUUGUGUUUUAAAUAUUUCAUAGGUGGCGCUAGUUUCUUUGCAGUUCUGUCAUUUUGUGAAAAGUGAACUACAAUAUUUUGGGAAGGAAUAUCACAAAAAGACAAUGGCUAACCUUAUUCUUCGCCGUGCACUGUUAGAUGCAGUCCGGGUACCUGUUGGCACCAGGUCUGUCAGUGAACUUGCCAAGAUCGGCAACCGGGAGUGGGUUGGUGCUGGUUACAAUGGACAACCCACAUACGUUGACAGACCCGACUUCCCCAUGCCUGCUGUGAGAUUCCGAGCCGACACACCUGACAUCAAGGCUCUCCGUGAGAAGGAAAGGGGAGACUGGCGUAAACUCACCGUAGAGGAGAAGAAAGCGCUGUACCGCGCGUCCUUCUGCCAGACCUUUGCCGAGUUUCAGGCUCCAACUGGAGAAUGGAAGGGCGCUCUGGGUUGGGCUUUGAUGGCCGCUUCAUUGUCCUUCUGGUUCUUCAUGGGCAUGAAACUCUUUGUGUACAACCCACUGCCCGAAUCCUUCUCUGAGGAGAGCCAGAAGGCUCAGCUGAAGAGAAUGUUAGAUCUUCACGUCAAUCCUGUGGAUGGUCUGUCGUCCAAAUGGGACUACGAGAACAACCGCUGGAAGUAAAUUAUUUAUUUGGUGCUUUGCUAUCGACAAGCUGGCGAUAGAGUAGAAAAUGUUAUGUAAGCAAAAAUGUAAGAUAAUUAAAUUGUGAUUCCAU